GAUCUACGUGAAUCCCGGCCAUAGUGUGUAAAUGACUCCCUGAGUGGGUUCUGACCCCCAUACUACAAUAUAUCCUAUCAGAACAGAGAGGGAAAUUUUCAGAAUUCUGACUGACCGCACCUAUAUCAUGUCUGUAUCAGAGAGGUUGCUACACGAGAAGACACCAUUUCCCUUGUCAGAGCACCGGGAGUGUAAUGAUAGCUGUACACUUGGUGUUCCAUAAAACUCAGUUGUAAUAGGUAAAAUCCAAAAAGUGACAUGCAUCUCAUUGGACUUAACCCUUAGUAAUCUGACACACUUUACAAGUGGCUGAAUUCCAGGAGCUCAGCUUUAAUGAGUGUCAGAGGAUUUCACUAUCUUUUUCUCUCUUCUGCUUUCAGUGAUGGCGUCUGCAGAUCUGAGGAAGGAGCUGGAAUGUUCCGUCUGUCUGAACAUUUAUACAGAUCCUGUAACCCUUAAAUGUGGACACAACUUCUGCCGGGACUGUAUUGGUCGUGUGUUGGAUACACAGGAGGAAUCUGGAAGUUAUUCCUGUCCUGAGUGCAGAGAAGAGUUUCAGGAGCGGACUGCACUUCGGAGGAACAUAACACUGCGUAACAUAGUGGACAAUUUCCUUUCUGCUCAGCCAGAUCAAGAGGAGCCCGGGGUCUUCUGUACUUACUGUAUUCACACUCCUGUACCUGCUGUGAAAUCCUGCCUGCAUUGUGAAGCUUUUCUGUGUGACAAUCACCUGAAAGUCCACAUUAAGUCACCAGAACACGUCUUAUGUGACCCCGCCACUUCCCUGGAGAACAGGAAAUGCUCCUUUCAUAAGAAGAUCCUGGAGUAUUACUGCACUGAGGACUCCUCCUGUAUCUGUGUGUACUGCUUGUUCAUUGGAGAACAUCGGGGACACCAGGUGGAGACUCUGGAUGAGGCCUCUGAGAUGAAGAAGAAUAAACUGAGGAAUGUUCUGCAGAAACUGAUGACAGAGAGAGAAGAGACGGAGAAAAGAGUCCAGAGUCUGGAGGAACGCAGGAGGAAAGUACAAGGAAAAGCAGAUGAUGAAGCAGAGAGAGUCACUGUCCUGUUCAGAAACCUCAGGAGACGUCUGGAAGACCUGGAGAAGAGAAUCCUGAGUGAGAUCUCUGGACAGGCAGAGCGGGUCUCGGUAUUAAUCAAUGAUCUGGUCCAGGAUCUGGAAAUAAAGAAGGAGGAGCUGUCCAGGAAGAUGGGGGACAUUGAGGAGCUGUGUAACACGACGGAUCCACUGGCUGUCCUAAAGGAAUCAGACAGAGGUGACUUGUGUGAUACUGAGGAUGGAGAUGAUGAGGACAGAGAGGGACAUGAUAAACUCCUCCAUGAUGGAGGGGAUCUGGAUGUAGCAGGGAUCUCACACACAUUGUACACUGGUUUAUCUGAUAUAAUACAGCAAACAUCAUGGGUGUCGGGGGUUACAGACAUUUUACUGGAUGUGAGCACAGUUGGUAAUCAUCUACAUAUAUCAGAUGACAGGAGAACUGUAUCCUGGUCAGAUGAGAGCCAGACUCACCCAGAAACACCAGAGAGAUUUCUUAGUCAUCAGGUGGUAAGCAGUCAGAGUUUCUCCUCAGGGAGACAUUACUGGGAAGUGGAUGUCGGAGGGUCAAGGUACUGGAAAGUCGGGAUGUGUUACCCCAGUAUAGACAGGGGGGGAGAUCAGUCAUGGAUUGGAUAUAAUAAGAAGUCCUGGAGUCUGGAGAGGAUGGGGAGUAAUCAGUACUCAGUGAGACAUGACAGGAAUCAGAUCAGAUUACCCGGCAAUGUCUCCAGUAACAGUGUCAGGAUAGAUCUGGAUUAUGAGGCUGGGCGGAUCUCAUUUUAUGAAUUGUGUGACCCGAUCCGACACCUUCACACCUUCACCACCACUUUUACUGAGCCCCUGCAUGCUGGGGUAUUUGUAGGGAGUGGUUCCUGUAUAAAGAUAUGUGGGGGGAAUCAGAUAUGAGAAUUCUGCCUAGAGACUGGUGACAUCACAGAGUGGAGAAUCUAACUAAUGAAAUACUCAGCCAAUAGGAGGAAGCAGUGGAGAAAAACCAACAUGACUGAUUUAUUUAUAAAGAUGCAGGCUCCGGGGCCGUCAUCUUCAUCCUAAACCUCACUUCACUACCUAGUGUGUCACUGACCAGGAAACCGCAUGCAGGAGGUCAGAUUUUUAUUUCUGUCUGCGGCUGUUUUGUCACAUUUUUGGGCCUGUGUUCGAUAUGUGCAAAGAGAGAUCACACAAAUAUUUAAAAGUAUAGUAUAUUUAUUAAAAGUAAUGACACAUACAGAUAACAAUAGAAAAUAUAACAAGGAUGCUUAACUAAAGAUGCUGUUUCGCCACAGAGUCCCCCCAUAAAGUCAUGGUCAGGUAAUCAGACCAGACGUUUGCAUGUUGCAUGAUGCAGCUCUGGAUGAGACUACCGUGUUUCCCCGAAAAUAAGACACCGUCUUAUAUUUUUUUUCCCCUCAAAAAAUCACACUAUGGCUUAUUUUCGGGGGGUGUCUUAUAUGUCGAAUUGUGGUGCCAUUUCACGGGCAAAUGUUUGAAUAUCAGCCCUGCGCACACAAACCAAAGCCUUUGCUCUCCUGUCAGCAACCCA